AUGCAGUGCGCAGAAGUAACGGACCACGAAGGAAACCGCCAUGCAUUCGUGACUAUCAACGAACAACGAGGCAGUAAUUCACGCAUAGUUGUGCUCAACACAAACGUCGAUGAGGAGCUUGACGUCCCCAAAUUCCCCCAGCUUUUUGAACACUCUCAUUCCAUCCCUCCGGACUCUUCUUACCGCACAGAGCUUGUCGUAGGACCGAAUCACUUAUUCCUUUUUGCAGGGACAGACAGGUCCAACGGCUUGCUCUUGACCUUCGAUGCAUAUUGCUCUCUUGUUGUAACGGAGAUCAUCGAUGACACCAUUGUCGAGGGCACCACAUUUGGCAUAGCACGUCAUGCUCUCUCCAAAACCCACCUGAUUGUCCUUCGACCAUACACUGUAGACGAGGAUAACAUUUCAACACUCUCUACAAGUACACGCCUCGAGGCGUAUCCGCUUUCAGGCAUCGGGCGAUCGACACAGCCUGUUCGGCUGAGCCAAUUGCAAGUACACAAGCCCGGGGACCUACCUUCAGCCAUUCUAUGUCCCGUGUCCGUCUUACGCGACUCGGUGAUUGAUAGCUGCACGGGCGCUACAGAGAUUGUUCUUCAUGGCUGCUAUUCUCGAGCGUCGAACGAGCGCCAGUGGAGCCCUGAAUACGUAGUCGCUCGCGUGCAAAUCCCUCCGACAUCUUCGGAUAAGAAGAUCUGCGCUCAGAUACAGAAACUAGACGACUUUACCUACCGAGCAUACAUUCCCCUGAUAUUCCAACCAUCUUUCAACGGGUCCUCUCGCGGUGUCUACUCGACAGCAGGCGGUCUGCCAGUCCUGGGUGCCUACGAGAUCGUGUACGACGAAACGACGCAGCGGGCUUCGUGCAGGCACACCCCGAAGCUGCUACAGACUCGACCUGGAGCAGAGCUGAGGUGCUUCGAUAGCUAUACAGGGCGGACGUGCUACAGCUACUCGAAGUACGAGAUGGUGUAUGGGCCAAAGCGGGAGUUUCAGAGCGCCUCGUUUGUCAACAUGAUGGAGGUGGUGGACUUUUCUUGA